AUGGCGCGCAUUCCACCAGGCGACAUGCCCCGACAGCAACAACGAUCAAUGGCCAUACAAGAUGACACCGCUAUCUUGCUUGCGGAGUUCCAAUCUGAUUCCGACCUUCUUGCUCGAGACGUGCCGUCUCGAUUUAUACUAAAUAUAGGUAGGGUCCGCAAGGAGAUCCCGUCUCUUUGCUCAAGAGCGCUCCCUUUUGUUCUUAGCCACAGGGCCCUUAACGUGAUAAAUCUCCUUACCAGUCCCGAAACCAGAAAUAUCACAGGGAUUGUCGACUAG